GGUCGUCACAAACAUGGCGGCUCCCCUGGAUGACAUGUUUUCCUUCUGCGUGGACCCCGGCAAAGUUGCCAGCGGCGUGGACGUGCGAUUUAUCGACAAUAUAAAGGGCAAAGGUCUCUUCGCCAAAAGGAGCUUCAAGAAGGGAGACACCAUUUUCUUUGAGCGUCCUCUGGUCGCCGCCCAGUUCCUGUGGAAUGCUCUGUAUAAAUAUAAAGCCUGUGAGUACUGCUUACGUGCUCUGGAGACCGCAGAGGAGAAUGCGAGGAGACUCAGCGGCAUCCCUGGACUCAGCCUUCCUCACCCGGAGCUCUGCCGUGUUCGACCAGAGCUGCACCAAGCCUGCCCUCAGUGCCAGGUGAUGUACUGUAGCAGCGAGUGUCGACAGGCUGCAGCAGAUCAGUACCAUCGGGUUCUGUGUUUGGGUUCCUCCCAGGACGACCCGGACCACCCCAUCAACAAGCUUAAAGAUGCAUGGAGGAGUAUGCAUUAUCCCCCAGAGACCGCCAGCAUCAUGCUCAUGGCCAGAAUGGUAGCUGUAGUCAAACAGUCCAAAGACAAAGCACACUGGCAGAAGCUGUUCUCACACUUCUGCAGCCGGACAGGUAACGAGGAAGAGGAGAUCGCCCACAAGCUCCUGGGAGACAAGUUCAGAGGGCAGCUGUCCUUGUUACACAGCCUUUUUAAAGCAGCACUUUAUGAUGAUCAUCUGAGUCGGUGGUUUGUCCCCGAGGGAUUCCGCUCUCUGUUCGCUCUGGUUGGAACCAACGGACAAGGCAUCGGCACGAGCUCCUUGAGUCAGUGGGUUCAUGCCUGCGAUGCACUGGAGCUUCCCGCCCAGCAGAAGGAGCAAUUGGACUCUUUUAUCGACCAGCUGUACAAGGACAUAGAGAAAGAAACGGGAGACUUUCUGAACUGCGAGGGCUCAGGACUGUUUCUGCUUCAGAGCUCAUGUAACCACAGCUGCAUACCCAACGCAGAGGCGUCUUUCCCCGACAACAAUUUCCUGCUUCAGCUCAGCGCCCUCAGUGACAUCAACCCAGGAGAGGAGAUCUGCAUCAGUUACUUGGACUGCUGUCAGCGGGACCGAAGCCGUCAUAGCAGACACAAAAUUCUGAGGGAGAACUACCUGUUUGUCUGCUCGUGUCCAAAGUGCGUCUCCCAGAUGGAUGAGCUGGACGUGACAUCAGAGGAGGAGGAGGAGGAAGAAGGAGAGGCAGAAGGUGAAACAGAGGGGGAUGAGAUGGAAGAUGAGAUGACAGAUGUCUGAUGAAAGACUUGCCCAUAUUGUUCUCAGCCAUUCCCCUUCCUGCCACCACGCUAAGCAACUAUGAAGCCUGCAGGAACAAAGACCAGUUCAAACCAGGAGCUGCAUUUCACCAGAACUGUCCAAAUGUGUGGAAAAAUGUCUCAUCAUCAAUGCAUUUCACUCUUACGUUGUCCAGUUUUAGCUGCAGAACACUGUGUGUAAGUAUAAGAACAGUUUCUACUUCAGCACACUGAACACACUUAAAUAAAACAAAGAUUAUGACUUCCAGCUUUCAGGCUUUUUUGGAAAAAAAAAAAGCACUGGUAGUAUAAAAAGGCUGACAUUUCUUAACAGUCCACAGUAAAAAAAAUUAUUACAGAUUUAACAAUCUGGCCACAUGGAGGCAGCACCACCAGCUGUAAUAUUUGACAUAUCAGCUUUAUUAAAGAGUAUCCAAGCACCCCCUGAAAAUCUUCUGCUCUGUGGUAGUUUAAUUUCUCACCUUGCUACAGAGAUGUACAGGUGCUCUUCUGUAUGCUGUGACAUCACCGUUGGGUGUGGUUACAGCUGCAUCAGAGCACAUUUGUGACCAUACCUAGCAGUCAAAGGCAGAGAGGGCAAGUUAACAUUACUUUUUGCUGAACGUAGCUGCUGCUGCUGCAAACAUUGAUGAGAGUGGUGAGAAUGAAUCAAAACAGUAAAGUUGGAGGCCAAAAAAACCCCAAAACAAUGAGCUGAAAGAACCUAAAAAGGUCUAAAGAGCUGAGGGGAACUGCGGCUUUAAAUUAAAGCUGAAGUCAGUAUUUUAUUCUCAGUUAUUGUGCUGUUUGAUCCAGUGUGCUGAACUAAACUGUCCUAAUAUUUAUUACACUGUGUCCCACCUCCAGGUACAUUAAAUCUAACCCAGAAGAAUUGUUAUCAUUUCAAGGCAAAGUGAUAAAGCAAGGGUCAAUUGGUUCUCAGGUGUUUUCUCCAUAAAAUAAGUUUCUUUGACUAUGCAUUACUGUACGGAAGAUGCUAUUUGUUUUUAUCCUGUUGUAAUUACAGUCUUGUCAUAUGCGAGGCAUCCAGCCACUGAAAUACAGUUUG